CUCUCCCUCCUCGCCCCCCUCCUCAGACGAUGAGAAGGUUGCCGAGCGCGCUGCAGACCGCCGUGCGUUUGUCUCCCUCUCAGCCACACAAAGUGCCCCCAAAAAGCACCGAUCCGAACCGUGACUUCGUUCUGUGCCACCUCGGAACCAGCAGCCCCCUCCGCCCCCGCCUCCAGCACAUUUUGUAGCAAUGGAGACGUAAACGCUGCCACAGAGAGCUGAGCCGAGUGAGCGAAACAGCGGCGGAGAUCAAGCGGCUAUGGAGGAGAAGCGCGGAGAGGCUGGAGUCUAGACAGAAACCCUCACAUCCAUCAGCCCGGAAUACUUUCCGCAAGCUUUCCGAACUUUGCUGUCAAUAACCUUUUUUUAAAAAAAUCCAGGUUUUUAUUUCACUUUUGACCGUGUGCGCGUAACAUUGCACAAGAAGGAUGCAGGGAAAGAAGAAAGCGAGCGGCUGCACGGGAUGCUGGAGGCAAAUGCUGCUGUCGUGCGUCCUGGCUCUGCACCUGAUCCCGCUGAGUGUCCACGGGAUGGUUCUUGGUAUAAAUGCUACUGAGCCAGACGAUAAAGUCAACACCACUUCUACAGUCAUCGAGGAGGACGGCCCUGUAAAGGUUAAUGAUGUCAUGGCAACAGUAACCGGGAUGAGCACCUCUGCCACUUCUGCUCCGAUCGGCUCCGUGACCCAGAGGGCGGGUCGUAUGCCUCGCGGCGACAAGGACGACACUGAGAGCAGCGGCAUGUUUCCUGCUCCCACGGUGGAGAAAGUGAGCGUUGCAGCGACGCCCCAGAUCAUCCCAGAUUCGGCUGAGACAGAUCUUCUGUUGCCUAGCAACCCACUCAGAGAGGACGUCGUAAAAGGAGAGGAAGAAGGGGAUGAAGAGGAGGAGGGUCUGCCACAUACCGACCCACCUUGGAUCCAUGUCAAGGAAACUGCCAUGUUUGACCUGGACCACCUUACCACCACUACUGCCCCGCCAGCAGCUGCCACUAACCCCUCCAACCAGGACGUCCUUCACGUGGACUUCUUUGAUCCAUCCUCUCGUGGGCGUAACUUAAACCUCGCCCCACCUUCUCCAUCCUCUCUGGCCCACGAGCUGCAAGGCGCAGAGGCAACUUCCUGGGCAAUGCCAGAAAACUACGACUACCUUACACCCUACGACGAUGGCAUGACUACCACUGUUGACGAAUACAGCUACAGCACCACAACCGAUGCCUAUGAGACCGAAGAAGACCUCAGAGAGGCUGCAGGGUCUCCUGCUCGCUCCAGGCCUCGGGUCCCUGGGUCUGGUUCCUUCAUCCCUGGGGGAUCAUAUCCUGGUGCUGCACCUAACGUUUCGCCUAAUGGGUGCAGAGUCGGCUACCAGUUGGUCAAUGGAAGCUGCCGCUCUGCCUGUGAGAUGCAGCCCAACUAUUGCCUCAACGGAGGACAGUGCUACCAGCUGGAUGGCGAGGAGAUUUUCUGCAGAUGCAAUGUCCAGGACUACAUUUGGCACAAAGGUGCGCGCUGCGAGUCGGUGGUGACCGAGUUCCAGGUGAUGUGCCUCGCCGUGGGCGCCUUGGCCCUGGUGGUCUUGCUGCUCUUCAUGAUCAUCGUCUGCUUCGCCAAAAAACUCCACGUGCUCAAGACGGAGAACAAGAAGUUGCGCAAGCGCAGCAGUAAGUACCGGCCUUCAUCGGAGCAGCACAAUGAUAAUUUCUCGCUGUCCACCAUCGCUGAGGGCUCCCACCCAAAUGUAAGGAAACUGUGCGACACCCCUCCUAACGUCCCUCAUGCCCGUGCAUUGGCUUACUAUGAUAACAUUAUCUGUCAGAAAACCAUGAGCAGAUACACCUGGGAGUGUAAGACCAAAGAGGAGUCCGACUGUGAGGAUGAUCCUCAUUCCCAGAACAAGCUGGAAGACCCGGUGAAGGCUCCGCCCAAAGAGGACGACUCCCUCAACAUCCACAACUCUCUGACCCCCAAACACGAGAACCACAAGGUCCUGGGCGAGGAGAACUCCUCGGAGGUAAACUCACUGCAGAACAACAUGAUGUGAAUCAAAACAAAACGCAAAACAGGCCCCAGCAACUUGACAACAAAACACAGAAAACGACACAGUGUGUCGGCAACGGGAAGAUGCAAAUCCCCUCUCCCGCUCCCCUGCUUUCGGGUCGCCCGCUGCCGAACGCGCCUAACUGGUCAACCAAUCAACCAACCAGCCAACACACCAGCCAACCAACUCAGUCUACAACUGUCUCCGACACGGCACCACUGCCACGAGCAGCCUUCAGUUGCUGCAAAUAAUAAUAAAAAAAAAACAUACACCAACUCUGCCGCCGUCACUGCCCCAGCUGAAAAAUGCCCCCAUCCCAAUCUGCUUCACCCAAAGCCCCUCUAUCCUCUACAUUCAGCCAAGCCCCUGUUUCGCAGCCCCUCCCCUUCUUGUUGCUUUCACUUUCUCCUCUGUAUCAUAUCUGCACACAUGCGCACACAGACAUUAGAAGCAUACACAUACUGUGAAAAGCUCCGAGACAUAGACACGCUUUCAUGUGAACACCGUCACACUCACCUUCCCUUUUCCCUGCCUGCAUUGGUGUAUUUUGUAAAAAGAAAGAAAUCAUACAGAAGUUUAAAACGUGCAGAAAAAGUUGUUGUAAAAAAAAAAAAAUUAACUACUGAGAGGUUUUGAUGUUUGUCUGACUAAUCCAGUGAGUAUGUAUAAAUAUUGGAAAAAAAAAUAUUGCUCGGAUUGAUUUAAAAAAAACAACACAAUGUGUCUUGGUUUUCAUUGAUGUGAUUUCUAAUCCUUUGAUGUACUUGUUUUUUUUUUGUACUUUUUUGGGACUUCAAACAGAGAAUAAACAAAUGAAACUCAGACAGUUGUUGAAAUAAACCUUUUUAACAUGA